AUGGACUUCUUUGAUGACCCCAACCUCUUUGUUGGAGGUUUGGAAGGGCUGGACGAGGAUGGAUUCCCCUCAGCACCCUCGCUUGUGGAUGAGCUUAACCUCAGUGCUGAAUUUGAACCCCUCCAAGUGGGUUCACUUGGACCGGGUAAGCACCAAGACAUGAUGCCACCUGUCUCUGCUCAGCAAGCCAUACCUGGUUACAGCCAACCAGUGGGCCAUUACAUUGCCACUAAGUUACAGAGUCCUAUGGCACAGGCGUUCUCUACUUCUCGGAGUACGUGCGGUGGCAUGCUUGCAGAGCAGCAUGGCCCGUACCACAAUGCCGCCAUAAACCAAGUACCUCAGUCCAACGGGCUGUUCUGCAACAGUAGCAGUCCAAUGUGGGGCAACCAUGACCAGAAUGGAAACAUGUUCCACCCCUUACCUCAACAGCAGCAGCAUCAGCAACAGCAGCAGCUGUGUCAUCAGCAACUGCACAGCCAGCAACUUCACGUGCGGCAACUCACACAGCAGCAACAUCCCUCCUGUCACCAUCCGCAAGAGGAGCAGCAGCACAGGCUGCGACAGCAGCAGCAGCUGCAGCAGCAGCACAGCCAUCAGCAGCAGCUGUUGAACCAGCAGCAACAAAUGAACCCACCCUCUGUUUCCCUGCCGCAGCAUCGGAACUUCUCCUUUCACCAGGGGGGGCGAGCCAGCAGCCAGCAGCAGCUCCACCAUCCUCAGCAACAGGUCCAGCACCAACUAACCGUCAGAGAGACGCAGUUCCAUCCGAGGGUUCUUCCAAGUAAGUCUUACAUGGAGAGUCCCAGUGCUCCUCUGAGUGGGACCUGCCUACAAACCCAGCAGCAGCAGGGUAGCUACCAGCUGGUGAGGAGAGGUCUAGCCUUAUCAGCAGCAGGACUGGAAAACCCCAAUCUGUCAUUCCCCAUGCAUUCUUCAUCGGCUGUCCACUCCAUGCCCACAUGCUCUGGCAGCUCCUCAGGCGCUUACCAACCAGCUCAGUACCCUGCCUACCCCGGAGAGUCGGAGAUGCCCAGUCUCAGUCAGCAGUCUUUACCCUCAGCCUCUGUAUCGCGGCCCGCCACUACUGCCCCACUCACUUCUACAGUGCCUGAGCUAUCAGGGACAGCAUGCCAGUUUCAGUCGCCAGCGCUCAUGAGCCAGCUGCACGGCCGAACAGCAGAGGGGUUUCCCUUUCAAGGCCUGCGCUGCUCGGGAGAAACCCAGGGAAACUGCAAGGCCUCAGAGAUGUUUGGCGAAUCUAUGAGUUGCUAUCCCAGCAUCGACGGCCACCUGCCCUCUGAGCAGCCUCCUAGCUGUGGGGCUAUCAACACUAAUGGAUACCAAGCUUUAGGGGACGGCCUCCUGCCAUCAGAGGUCCAGGACGGGGACUUGGAGGGCCUGGAAGCUCCCGACCUCUUGCCCGACCUACUGCCCCAGCUGGAGGAUGCUUUCAGGCAUCAGGACGAUUCCAACUGCUCUUGGGUUGAUUCCGGCCGGGAGAAGAGACACGAGGGCGGGAAGUCGGCAUCUGCUGAACACGAGGAUGAGAAGCCUCGAAAGAAUGCCAAUGGUCCAGGUAGCCAGGUGCAGGUCCUCAGUCCCCCAGUGAAGAGCAGCUCGUCAUCCUCCUCUUCAUCUUCAUCUUCAUCAUCAUCCAGCUCCUCGUCAGAGAAGAGGGUGCCGCGGAGGACGCUUCACCAGAUGGAGUCGACUCUGCUGGACAAGCAGGAGAAGGCCAAUAGGAUAAUAUCAGAGGCUAUUGCCAAGGCCCGGCAGCGGGGGGAGAAGAACAUCCCCCGGGUCAUGAGCCCGGAGAGUUUCCCCAGCUCUUCAGCUCUGCACAAGACGCACCGGGAGCGCGAGCACAAGGGAAACGGCAAGGCUCGGCCCAAAGAGAAGGCCAGCAGAAAGGCCUGCAUCGUGCCCUCCUCCAAGUCCAAGCAGAAGGCCAAGAUCGGGAAAAUUGUCAUCAAGAUUGGAAAAAAGAAAAAACGAAAGCCCGAAUCGUCAGAGGAGGAGUCGGAUGAUGAUCCUCCCCCUCGACACACUUCUAAGGAUGACGACUCUAAGAGGCGGUCUAACCGUCAAGUGAAGAGAAAGAAAUACGCCGAAGAGCUUGAGGCCAGGCUCUCAGACGAGGAUGUAAAGGUUAUCGUCAAAGCCAAGAAAACCAAUUCUGGAGCACCCAAAGAACCUGCCGUUCAGCUGUUUGUUGAGAAUCCCAGCGAAGAGGAUGCUGCUGUUGUUGACAAAAUCAUGUCUUCUCGCAUAGUAAAGAACGAGGUCUCUCCAGGGGUGAUGGUGGAAGUGGAGCAGUUUUUUGUAAAAUACAAAAACUACUCUUACCUACACUGUGAGUGGGCCACAGAGCAGCAUCUGGAGAAGGACAAGAGGAUUCAGCAGAAGAUCAAACGCUUUAAGAUGAAACAAGCACAGAGGGCGCUCUUCUUCGCUGAUAUGGAGGAGGAACCUUUUAACCCUGAUUAUGUAGAGGUGGACAGAGUGCUGGAGGUAUCAUAUUGCGAGGACAAAGACACAGGAGAGGAAGUGGUGUAUUACCUGGUGAAGUGGUGCUCUCUGCCUUAUGAGGACAGCACCUGGGAGCUCAAAGACGACGUAGAUCAGAGCAAGAUUGAAGAGUUUGAGCAGCUGCAGGCAGCCAAGCCAGACUCGCGCAGAAUGGAGCGGCCGCCAGCCAACCUGUGGAAGAAGAGGGAACAGUCCAGGGAGUACAGGAAUGGCAACAUGCUCAGGGACUACCAGCUUGAAGGGGUCAAUUGGCUUCUUUUCAACUGGUACAACAGACGUAACUGCAUCCUGGCAGACGAGAUGGGCCUGGGCAAGACCAUCCAGUCCAUCACAUUCCUAGAAGAGAUUUACCGCGUGGGCAUCAAGGGGCCCUUCCUGAUCAUUGCCCCACUCUCCACCAUCGCUAACUGGGAGCGGGAGUUCCGCACCUGGACCCACCUCAACAUCAUCGUGUACCAUGGAAGCAUGGUCAGCAGGCAAAUGCUCCAGCAGUAUGAGAUGUACUUCAGGGACUCACAGGGUCGUGCAAUACGAGGUGCCUACAGGUUUCAGGCUGUUAUCACGACGUUUGAGAUGAUUCUGGGAGGCUGUCCUGAGCUCAACGCCAUCGAGUGGCGCUGUGUGAUUAUCGAUGAGGCUCAUCGUCUCAAGAACAAGAACUGCAAGCUGCUCGAGGGCUUCAAGCUCAUGAAUCUGGAGCACAAAGUCUUGCUGACCGGCACCCCUCUCCAGAACACAGUAGAAGAGCUUUUCAGCCUCCUCCACUUCCUGGAGCCGGCACGCUUCCCAUCUGAAAACACCUUCAUGCAAGAGUUUGGAGACCUCAAGACUGAGGAGCAGGUUCAGAAGCUUCAGGGCAUCCUGAAACCCAUGAUGCUACGCCGAUUGAAAGAGGAUGUGGAAAAGAAGCUGGCACCUAAAGAGGAAACUAUUAUUGAAGUUGAGCUCACCAACAUUCAGAAGAAAUAUUAUCGUGCCAUCCUUGAGAAGAACUUUUCUUUCCUGGCUAAAGGAGCCGGCCAGGCCAAUAUGCCUAACCUGGUCAACACCAUGAUGGAGCUUAGAAAGUGCUGCAACCACCCCUACCUCAUCAAAGGGGCAGAAGAAAAGAUCCUUGAGGACUUCAGGGAAGUACACAGUCCCACUGCCAUUGACUUUCACCUGCAGGCUAUGGUCCAGUCUGCCGGGAAGUUGGUCCUUAUAGACAAAUUGUUGCCUAAGAUGAAGGCAGGAGGCCACAAGGUGCUUAUCUUCUCCCAAAUGGUGCGCUGUCUGGAUAUCUUGGAAGACUACCUCAUCCAGAGACGGUACUUGUACGAGCGCAUUGAUGGACGCGUCCGCGGAAACCUGCGGCAGGCUGCCAUUGACCGCUUUAGUAAGCCGGACUCGGACCGCUUUGUUUUCCUCCUGUGCACAAGAGCUGGUGGCCUGGGAAUCAACCUCACCGCAGCAGACACCUGCAUUAUCUUUGACUCCGACUGGAACCCACAGAACGACCUGCAGGCCCAGGCUCGCUGCCAUCGGAUUGGUCAGAACAAAGCGGUGAAGGUGUACCGUCUGAUCACCAGGAACUCGUACGAGCGGGAAAUGUUUGAUCGGGCCAGCCUAAAGCUGGGCCUGGAUAAAGCAGUGUUGCAGAGCAUGAGUGGUCGUGAUAACAGCCUGGGAGGAGGAGGAGGAGGAGCUGGAGGAGGAGCAGGAGGAGGAGGAGGCGCUGGUGGCGGCGGUGGCGGCACCGGGGGAGGGGCUGUGCAGCAGCAGUUAUCUAAGAAAGAGAUUGAGGAUUUGCUGCGACGCGGUGCCUACGGGGCCAUCAUGGAUGAAGAGGACGAAGGGGCCAAAUUUUGCGAGGAGGACAUUGACCAGAUCCUCCAGCGCAGGACAAAGACCAUCACUAUUGAGUCAGAGGGACGAGGAUCCACCUUUGCUAAGGCCAGUUUUGUCGCAUCCGGAAACCGCACAGACAUCUCUCUAGAUGACCCCAAUUUCUGGGACAAGUGGGCCAAAAAGGCUGACAUUGAUGUGGAUAUGGUCAAUGGAAGAAACAGCUUGGUGAUUGACACUCCUCGUGUUAGAAAACAGACGAGACCAUUCAGUGCCACCAAGGAUGAGCUUGCAGAGCUUUCAGAGGGCGAAAGUGACAGCGACGACACCAAACCGAAGCUCAGACGAAACCACGAUCGCCAGAACAACUACGGCCGCACAGAGUGCUUCAGAGUAGAGAAGAACUUACUGGUAUACGGAUGGGGUCGUUGGAAAGAUAUUCUCAACCACGGUCGUUUCAAAAAGCAAUUGACUGAGAGGGAUGUAGAGUCCAUCUGCAGAGCCCUGCUGGCUUACUGUCUGGUCCAUUACCGUGGCGAUGACAAAAUCAAAAGCUUCAUGUGGGACCUCAUUGCCCCUUCUGAGGACGGACGCACAAAGGAGCUGCAGAACCACCUGGGCCUGUCUGCUCCAGUCCCUCGGGGCAGGAAGGGUAAGAAGAUGAAGACCCAGUCUAGCUCUUUUGACAUCCACAAGGCUGAGUGGCUUAGGAAGCACAACCCUGAGCACAUGCUCCAGGACGAUGGCUACAAGAAGCACCUUAAACACCACUGCAACAAGGUGCUGCUCAGGGUCAGAAUGCUCUACUACCUGAAACAAGAGGUGAUAGGAAGCCAGGCUCAGAACGUGCUAGACGGCGUGGACUCCAGUGAGAUAAAGAUCUGGGUGCCAGAUCCUGACCACUCCGAGCUGCCAGCCCUGUGGUGGGAUGCGAUCUGUGACAAGUGUCUGCUGCUUGGUGUCUUCAAACAUGGUUAUGAGAAGUACAACACUAUCCGUGCAGACCCCACUCUGAGCUUCUUAGAGCGUGUGGGUCGACCGGAUGAGAAGGCCAUCGCUGCCGAGCAGAGAGGCAACGAUUUUAUGGAUGGGGAUGUGGAUGAUCCAGAGUACAAGCCUGCUCCUGCUCUUAUAAAAGAUGACAUGGAGGAUGAUGCCUCUUCUCCUGGAGACUUGGUUGUCUCUGAUAAUGCUGGAGAUGCAGCUCCACGCUUCACCAAGAGCCGGCAAAUCCUGCACAUACACCAGUCCCAGUCUCAGUCCCUGCCCCAGCAGACCAUGAUACUCUCUGCUCCGCUCUGCCCACUGCCCCCCACGCUCAACGAUACACUAAAUCCGAAAAUGGCAGCAAAGAUUGAACGGCAACAAAGAUGGACCAGACGAGAGGAAGCCGAUUUCUACCGGGUCGUGUCCACUUUCGGUGUUGUUUUCGACCCAAACCUGGGGCGGUUUGACUGGACCAAGUUCAGGGCCAUGGCUCGGCUGCACAAGAAAACUGACGAGAGUCUGCAGAAAUACCUGUGCGCCUUUACCGCCAUGUGCAGACGGGUGUGUCGGCUACCACCCAAAGAGGGAGACGCCACGGUGGACCCGUCUCUGAACAUCCAGCCCAUCACAGAGGAGCGAGCGUCUCGUACCCUCUACAGAGUGGAGUUGCUGCGGCAGGUGCGGGAGCAAGUCCUCCGCCACCAGUUACUGUUCGAGCGUCUGUCUCUGUGCCAGAUGAGCUCUGACCUGCCUGUGUGGUGGGAGGCCGGCGCUCAUGAUCGCGACUUGCUGAUUGGUGCCGCAAAGCACGGCGUCAGUCGCACUGACUACCACAUCCUGAGAGACCCCGAGCUCAGCUUCAUGGCGGCUCAGCGCAACUACAGCCAUUCGAAAGCUGCGCAGCAGCAGCCGCGCACGUCCACCCCGCUUUUACUCCCCCAGCCACCGGGGGCCAGCUCAGCGCUGACCGGCUCCCCGCAGCCCCCACCCAUCCAGAGAGACGCAGAUCCCCCUGCGGUGGUUCUCAAAGCGGAACCAGCGUCAGAGGAGGAGGAGAGCAAAGACAAGCAGGGAGAGAGAUGGACCCCCCCCCAAGCACCCGCCACUCCCACAGGCCUAGAUGAGAAGCCUGUUUUAGAGGCCAAGGACAGCGAGAAGCAGAUGGUGGCAGCACGCACCAAGCCGCUCACGCCCAACUCCUCAGAGAGGAAACCCAAGAAAGCCAAGAGGAGCCGCCGGGAGGCCAGGCGUGGCUCCGAGUCCGACUCGGACGGCUCCUCCUCCAGUACUUCAUCACGCUCAUCUUCAUCAUCGUCGUCAUCCUCCUCCUCAUCACAUUCCGGGUCCAGCUCCUCUUCCUCCUCUUCGUCUUGCUCCUCUGGCUCCUCCUCAUCGUCCUCCUCCUCCUCGUCCUCCUCGGACAGUGAAAGCGAGGGAGAGGAGGCAAAGAAGAAAGUGCCUGCAGCAACAAGUGUAAAGGGCUUUGAUGAGGACAGUGUGACAUCUCUCAACACUACACAGGAUGAAGCGCAAGACACCCACAUGGCUGAGAAUGGCGUCUCCACAAACUCCUCUCACCCUUUUCAGGGAGGGGGGUACAUGCUGGCAGCAUCAUACUGGCCAAAGGAUCGUGUGAUUAUCAACCGCCUGGACAGCAUCUGUCAGGCGGUGCUGAAAGGCAAGUGGCCAGGCCCACGUCGGGUCUAUGAGCCCGGAAGUGCAGUGGCCUCCUUCUACACCACCAAGCUGCUGGACAACGCCAACAGCCUGUGCGAGGACCCCUCUGCCUCGCCACAGGGGUCAAAGGUGACCAAGCAUGUUGCAGAAAACAAGGAGUUCUCAGUAAAACUCAAUGAUCAGGAGGGAGGACUGAAGCUGACCUUUCAGAAACAGGGUCUACCUCUGAAACGGCCCCUGGACUCUGAGGAAGGCCCCCAGGCCCAGCAGCAGUACCUGGCCCGACUCCAUGAGCUGCAGAGUGCUUCAGACACAGGCCUGGCUGACAUCACAAAGCCUCAGAGCAGCCUCCAGAAUGCUCCUCCUGGGUUUGCUGGCCAGUUAAGGCUGAACGGAGCAUUGGACGGUCAGCCCAUGGUGAAGAAACGAAGAGGGAGGAGGAAGAAUGUAGAGGGGAUGGACCUGCUCUUCAUGAACAGAAAUCAAGUACCUGCUGUUCCCACUCAGGUGCCUCCAGGGUGGGGGGGCAUAGGGCAGGUGGGCAUGGCUGGAGUGGCUGUGCCGGGUGCCAGUCAGCUCCCCUCAGACACCGAGAGCAGAGUCCCUGUCAUCAACCUUAAGGAUGGCACCCGACUCGCGGGGGAUGACGCGCCCCAGAGGAAAGAUCUGGAACAAUGGCUGAAAGAGCACCCUGGCUUUGUGGCAGACACCGGAGCCUUCAUACCUGGCGUUAAUAAGAUGCAACUGCAGUUCCACUUUCAGGAUGGUCGGCCCAAACAGAAAAGACACCGCUGUAGGAACCCAAAUAAGAUCGAUGUCAACAGCCUUACAGGAGAGGAGAGGGUCCAGAUCAUCAACAGGAGAAAUGCACGCAAGAUUGGUGGUGCUUUUGCCCCCCCUCUGAAGGAUUUGUGCCGGUUCCUUCAAGAAAACCCAGAGUACGGAGUCCCACCAGAAUGGGCUGAUGUAGUUAAACAGUCGGGUUACCUUCCAGAGAGCAUGUUUGAUCGGAUCUUGACGGGGCCCAUCGUUCCAGAGGAGGUGAGCCGGCGAGGACGGCGACCGAAGAAUCCUCUGGCAAAGGCGGCGGCCACGGCAGCCGCGGCAGCAUCCAACCCGGCAGCCUCUGCCCUGGGUUUGAACCCUCUGCUGGCCAAUGGCCUCCUCUCAGGCAUGGACCUCACCAGUCUGCAGGCCUUCCAGCAAAAUCUCCAGAGCCUGCAGUCCCUACAGCUCACAGCAGGCCUGAUGGGGCUGCCGUCUGACGCCGGCAACCUGGCUGCCAGCAAUCUAGCUGCUAUGUUUCCCAUGAUGCUGUCCGGCAUGGCCGGACUGCCCAACCUGCUGGGCAUGAGCAGCUUGUUGGGGAAGUCGGCUCAGGAAGGUGCUGGAGGUUCUGAAGAGAAGACGAAGGGAUCGGGCAGCGGAGGAUCGGGAGCGCCAUCUGCCUCCCAAACCCCGUCUCACACCUCAGACACCAAAGGAGAAAGGACCGAGGGCUCGAACGCCACUCCUUCCUCUACUUCCAGCUCCGCUUCCUCUGCCACUGCUACACAAAGUGCUUCAUCAGCCUCUGGAGCCUCCAGUCACCCACUCUCUCUUAACCCCUUGUUACUCUCCAGUAUGCUUUACCCAGGGAUGCUUCUCACUCCAGGCCUUAACCUUCCAGUGUCUCCCACACAGCCACAGAGCUCAAACAGUGACCCCUCCACCCUUCGACCCGCCGCUGCUCCCCCUCGGCCUGCCGCCACCUCCCAGUCAUCGGCGCUGGAGACGGAGCAGCCACAGGCGGGGAAGGAUGAAGAGGAGGAUGAUGAGGCACUAGAAGAGGCUUUGGACGACGAGGAAGAGGAGGAGGAAUCUGCUGAACAAAAAGAAAACAGUGGUCCUGAAGGUUCAGCUAAAGCUGAAUCGCUUUCAUCAGAGUCUGGGAGCUCCUCUUCUUCCUCAGAAGAUUCAGACUCCAGUGAUGAAGACUGA